AUGGGCCGCCCAAUCCUCACCUUCAUUGAUGCAGCACCGGUAGAGAAGGCUCAAGCAUUGGAGGUUCGUCGGCAAGUUAGGUCGCAUGCAGCUAAGGCCGCUUCCCUCAAGGACGUAUCUGCGGCAGACGAUGGAUUGUCGUCCUCAUCAAACGCAAACGCGGCGGGCAAGAAGAAACGGCGACGAAAAUAUCCGAGUUGGACUGUCCAAAUUGGACGCGGCGAGCAACAAGCAGCAGGUCUGAGUCUCGAGUCCAGCAGGAGUCUGUUGACUUCGCUUUCGGGGACGGGAAUGAUCCCGGCUUCGAGGAGUGCGGUCUAUCAUCAACCUUUCGUUUCCGCGGUGCUGCAUAAUUAUCUUCAACACCUCGCCGUGGCCAUCCCUGAGAUUGAUGGAGAAGGAGAAGGUCAAACCGCCUUGCUUCGGACUCGAUGGUUUCCCAUGGUUCUGAACUCCCCAAUUGUCUUCCAAGUCAUUGUCCUGUUCUCUGCGUCUCAUUAUGCCUCACAGCGGCAAGACAUGGCAUUUCCCGAGACCAUUCUUUCGCUCAAACAAUACGCUCUCCGGGGAAUAGCAGAGAGUCUGUCAUCGGCUUCACAGGGCAUGGUGGUUCGAGAUGAACUGAUUGCUGCAACCGCAAAGAUGGCGAGUUAUGAGGCGGUUUUCGGCGACGAGGAUGCAUAUCAUUCGCACAUGAAAGGAGUCGAGGACAUGCUGAGAGUGAGGGGAGGUCUGGACGCCCUUGGUCUGGGAGGGUUUCUGGCGAGGCUCCUCAUUUUCAUCGAUACGAAUUCGGCAUUCCUUCUCAACACCCAUUUGCACCUGACGGACUCGUCAUUUCCAAGGUUGGAGCCUUUUCUUCUGCCCAACCCGAGUCGCUUCGUUGGCGAAGUUUGA